GGGAGCGGGGCGAAGCUCGGAGCAUCUGGUUACUUGCGAGCGCUGUGAUGUGACGUUGCCUGGAUUACAAGACAGAAACUCAAUCACAUGUUGCUCGCCCUGGUCCUGUCAGCUCUCUCUCUCCCUCUGCAGAGAGUGGCUGGGCUGAGAGAGGGAGCUGAGGACUGGGCUCUGGGCGCCGCUUCCUCCCGAGAAGGAGCACCUGGGUUAGUUUCCUCCUAUAUCUGCUGCCGGGAAGUUCGAUUUUCCGCGAGGUGAGCGAGGUUUUCCUACAUUUGAGAUACUAAGAUGGAAGCUUUGGACAGGACUCUAAAUUACUAUUUUGUUUCAUGGUUUGGACCGAGAGAUUCCAGAGUAGAGGGUUUUUUCCUUCUAGAUUCAUACCCCCCUACUUUUAUACUUAGCCUCCUGUACCUCUUUGUGGUUUGGGCCGGACCCAAGUACAUGCAGAAUAAGCCACCCUUAUCUUCCAGGGGAAUACUCGUGGUCUAUAACAUUGGAUUAACUCUCCUUUCCUUAUACAUGUUCUGUGAGCUGGUGAGAGGUGUUUGGGAUGGAGGAUACAGUAUUUUCUGCCAGGAUACCCAUAACGCUGGUGACGCUGAUCUUAAGGUUAUCCGUAUCCUAUGGUGGUACUACUUCUCUAAAGUCAUAGAGUUCAUGGACACUUUUUUCUUCAUUUUACGAAAGAACUACCAUCAGAUCACUAUUCUGCAUGUCUAUCACCAUGCCACCAUGUUCAACAUCUGGUGGUUUGUUAUGAACUGGGUGCCCUGUGGUCACUCUUUCUUUGGGGCUACCCUUAACAGUUUCAUCCAUGUGUUGAUGUACUCCUAUUAUGGUCUGUCUGCUAUCCCAGCCAUGCGUCCUUACCUCUGGUGGAAGAAGUACAUCACACAAGGGCAAUUGCUGCAGUUUGUUCUGACGAUAAUCCAGACCAGUUUUGGUGUUAUCUGGCCCUGUGGGUUUCCGAGUGGCUGGCUGUACUUCCAGAUUGGCUACAUGAUCUCUCUGAUUAUCCUCUUCACAAACUUCUACAUUCAGACCUACAAGAAGAAGAGUGCUUGCAAAAGCAAAGACUGUCUAAAUGGCUCCACGGUAGCCGUGAAUGGACACACCAACGGCCUCCCGGCACAGAAGGCCCACUACUCAGCAAAGAAAACCCACUAAGAUUCCAGGGGCUUGCACUGCGCAUUGUUGGCACACUUAAGAUUUUCGUGAUGUUCUAGGGCAGUUUCAAAGGUUACCAAUGUGUUAACUAUAUCCGGUCCUGCGUUGUAUAGCCGUAGAGGCUGGGGACUUGGAACUGAAUAUUGUUGUGAUUAAUAGGGAAAAUAAGUUUAGAGCAACUUCCUUGUCCAAAAAGUCUUAGAAAGAUAGAGAAAUUCAUAACAGCUCUAUAUAAUUUUAAAAGUGGUAGAUUAUUUCCUGAACUAGAGCAAUGGACCCCAGUGUGAAUCAGGUAAAACGUAGUUAAUUUUAGUUUACAACACUCUUGUUGCCUUACCGCUUAUUUGUGUGUUAGGAAUUGUCUUGUAUUCACUUUAAUCUUAAACUAUAUUUAUCUGCUUCGGCAGAAAUGUAAUUUGGAACAGGCUGUUGACCCACAUGCCUUAGCUCUAUCUAAAGUUUCAAUGCUGCGUAAUUAUUAGGUUUUAACUGUUUCAAGAAUCCCAUACCUCCUUGUUAUAAAUAUACUAGUUGGCUUGCUGGUUUUAAUAAAGUGGGAUUUGACUGUGUUGGCAUGUAAAUGAUUGAGUGCUCCUUAGGUGCGUUCUAUACAGUCAAUUCCUCAUUGGUGCAGAGGACAGCCCAACCAUCAAAACUUGCGCACCCCUUUUUACUGAUUGCGUCCAAUUUGACUCAGCGGAUUGGUCGAGAAUCCCAUGCAGGUCCUCCCCUCCACGUUUGCCAAUGGAUGUGGUUCCACGCCACCUCUUCAUCUUACUUACCAUGCCCUUGCCCAGAACUCCAGUCCCUCUUCUCAGGAAUUUCUGCGGUUGCAGUUCGACGCAUCCGAGGUGGUUUGCACAGUUAGCUUCAGGCUGUGGUUUCCCAGGUGUCUGGAGGAAGAGGUAGAUGCCACCGUCGAGGGUAUAAACAGUAAAUGCUGGAAAAGCACAGUAGCCCAAAGAGGAUAUGAAAGGGAAAGGAACAUUUCUGUUUCUGGAGGAUUUGUAAAUUCGGCUUUUUCUGUUUUCACUUCAGAUUUCCAGCAAUCCUGUUUUGUUUUUAAAGAAAUCUUUUGAGUAAAUCCGGCGUACACAUUUGUUGACCCAUUUUUAAAUGUUGGUUAUGAGGCACCAUGAGGAUAUGAGAGAACCCACUCUGUUGUUAGACUUGACGACCUGUCUUGGGUGAUCGUGGUGGAUAAAUGUACCCUAGGUUACGUACACACUGUGAUGAACCCAUUCCUUCCAGAUCGCAAACGACUGCUGUGUUAGUACUGACGUGGGCGUUUCUGUGUGUGUGCGCCGCAAUGCUGUUAGUCUGUGAGAGAUCCGAGUCCAGGGAAGUGUGUCCCAUGUUACCUUGUAGCACGGGAGUCGAAAUGAUUAGCUGGCGCAAGAUCUUCAGCCUGUGAGUUGAGCCCCAGCUUAGAGUGGAGAGGAGGUAAAGAGCUGUCGGUACUGGAUAGUGUCUCGAUAUGCACUGCAUUUGGGAUGUUAUAUUAGUUUUUCUUAAUUAACAACUUAAUGCCAUAGACAGGGUAGUGAUUUCUAAAUAAGAGAGGCACGUUAGUUGUGGGGCAGCAGUUUAUAAGCAGUGCAGAAUGGAAAAAUAAAAGUUAUGAGAUAAGCUACUCAUUAAUUAAUUACCACCCUGGGGUGUGUGUGAAUAAAUGUACCUUAGUAACGUACAGCAAGUGACCGGUGAAGUUCCCUCUCAAGGAGCAGCCCGGAAUGGUAGCACAUACUGGAAACAUUGCCCUCCAGAUUAUUCUGUUUUAAAAUUGCAGAAGGAUAAUAUCUUUCUAAGAGGUAUGCAGCAGUAUUUCUUUGAAUAAUUCAUGCAGUUACACAUAUGCCUUAAAAAAAUAGCAGUGUUCAAAACUUUGUGGUGAACUCUGUGCAUUGAAAGAAUAGUUGCAUAAUAGUUUCUAAUUUGCAUCUACCAGCAGUGUGUUGACCUUAAUUCUUUCCACUGUAUUUGAAGUACGUGUUUGUUGAUAGCUAAUGUCUCAGUUGCUUCAUGAUCUCAUUAAUAAAUACUGUGAAUAGGCAUCAUAUUGUUCUUUCUUACUAAUAAGACAGCGUCGUAUCUAAUGAAAUUUUGCCUCCAGCUCUUUAGGAAAGACUCCUGGUUCCUUUAAGUGGGUGUAUUCUUGUAUAAGCCGUGAGUAAUUUUUUGGCCCCAGUAGCCCUGAAUAUUGCGCACAGUCUUUGGCCAACCCAUGCAUUUGGCCGAAUCAAGGAACAUCGUCCACUUUCCUCUCCCGUCCCAAUGGAGGAGGCUUUUCACACCCCCAGCUUGGGAAUGUGCCAUGUAUCGAUCAGUUGAGACGAAGACUAGAAGUUGUCCCUGUCACUUAGUACCCAAAGUAUAGCACAACCGUUCUGAAUGCAUGUAAAUUAGUGGCUUAGAGGACUUCAAAAUUCAGUUGAAAUAAUAAGACAUUGAUGAAGCUGGAUUUUUCUACAAUGAAUUUGUGUUCGUAGAAAGGCAUAGUCAUUACUGAGUGAAAGGCUGCAUUUGAAAUUCCCUGCACUUGGAUCUUAACAGUCAAACAUUCUGAUGUGAUCAGGUGAAAAUUAUACCUUCUACAGAGAAUAGUCAGUGUACAUUUACCAACUCCAUUAAUGUUUAUCAAGGGAGCAAAAUGUUUCAUGUAUUUGGAGUUAUCAAGGCUACAAUUGCAAGAUAGGGUCUCCGAGUACGAUUAGGAUCUGUGGUUGUUUUAACUGCUGCAAGGCAAGGCCUGAAUCCUGACCAUGAACGUUUGCACAGUGAUGCCUAACAGGAAGGCAGAUACAGACAAAACAUCAAAGAACGGUACCUUUAGCUGAGCUAAGGCUAGUAGCCAUAGCAGAAGCUAGAACUGUCCUUUUUGCCACACUUAGUGGAGAAUAAAACACCAGGGUUUUUUUUUCAGAACUUUACAUUGGUUUCCCUAACACAUUUCAAAAGGAAAAUUACUGCUGGGUCUGUGUUGAAUCAAAGGCUGCAUACAUUGUGAGCUACAAGCAAAAUUGUUUGUGUCGUCUUAAUUAAGUGUGACAUACUGUAUCCCUUUUUUCAUACAAGUACUGAAUUAUUCAGUUAAUGCUGCUCUCAAAAUGUCAAAUCACGUUUUGUUUGGUAAACUUUGAUCACGAGUGUGCUGGUCUAACCUGUGUCUGAGUAACUUGUGUAUUCCUCAGUUGUAACAUCUGCAGAAUCAAAAUUUACAGAAUUAAAAUCUUUACUAAACUUC